UUAUCGUUUUUGGCUACUUGUCAUCUUCCUCGGAGGACUCUGCUUCUCGUGGAAAAGUGUGGAGCCUAUAAAUAACACAUCAAUCAAUGGCUUUCACAGAUCAAUCGAGUGAAGUUUCUGCAAAUCGGAAAAGAUCGAUGAUUUCCGAGACUGAACAACGGAGACUGGUCUCUUUUUUCCUUGAGAUCACGGUCGGAGAGACCGUCGCCACCGCUCGGCGGUUCUUGGCGGCGACAAGCUGGAACCUUGACGAAGCCAUCCUCUUAUUCUACUCCGGAUAUCAGAAGGAUUACGCGGCAGAAGACGAGGUUGACGCUCCGUUGACGCACGAUCCGGCGUGGGAACAAGGUCAAGGAGGGGAUUCGCCGAGAUCUACCGGGGACUCGGCCUCGGUGUACAAGCCUCCUUUUGACCUGAUGUUCAAUGGGUCGCUCCAUCAAGCGAAAUCUGCUGCUUCUGAGGAGGAUAAAUGGCUGAUCGUGAACCUGCAAUCCAGAGAGGAGCUCGCCUCUCACACGCUUAACCGGGACACGUGGGGGGACGAGGUCGUUGCGGAAACCAUCACGAACAACUUCGUCUUCUUGCAGGUUGAACACGACGCCAGCGAUGGUCAGAAGAUUCACACGUUCUACAACGUCGAAACCCUACCCGUGGUUCUCGUGAUUGAUCCGAUAACCGGGCAAAGGAUGCGUCUGUGGUACGGAAUGAUCGAAGGCGAGACCUUGCUCGAGGAACUAGUACCCUUCAUGGACGUUGGUCCUAAACAGCAGCUUCUUCAUAAGAAACGACACCCGAGAUCGACCGCAGAGGAACAAAACCCUUCAUUGGAGACAGUGCCGGAAACUGAAACCCCUUCGUUAGAGACACUGACUUUGUCUGAAAAAGACCAAACUAACGCCAUGCCCAUGUUCCCUCCUCUUCCUCAGGAGCCAAUUGUGGGCGAUCCCCGCUUGUUAUGCAGAGUCGGUUUUCGCUUUCCAGAUGGGCGGAGGCUCGUGAGGAGCUUCCUGAAAACAGAACCCAUUCAGCUUCUUUGGUCUUUCUGCCACUCUCAGAUUCAGGAAUCGGAGAUGAAGCCGUUCAAGCUGGUGGAGACGACGACCCCUCGUUCGGCCAACACUAUCCACUACGACUCCGACCAAACUUUCGAACAAUCUGGCCUCGCCAAUUCCAUCGUCUUGCUCUCUUGGGAAUGAUUGAUUAUCUCAUCCUCUUUGUUCCUUUUUUUCUCUUCCUCUUUAUUUCCAAUCAUAUCAU